AUGAAUAACUAUAGAGAUCGCCUUUUUUUUAAAGUAUGGGGCAAUAUUUAUAUUAAAAAAAAGAUAUUUGAAUUUUUGAAAAGAAAUAAAUCAGGAAAUAGUUAUUGGGGCACAACUCUAUUAGUAACAAUGAUAAAAAAUGACCAAUAUAAAAUGAUUCACGAUAAAUUAAAGUCAAAUCACCCAAUUUAUAUCGAACAUUCAAUGGAUAUUUUAUAUUUAUGGGUUUAUUUAUUUAAAAAGAAUCUUAUAGAGGAAAUAUUCGUACCAUUCCUAAAUAAAUAUAGAAAUAUAAUAGAUUCACUUAAAAUGGAAAUGGAGUCAGAAGAUUUAUUAAAAUUUUUAAUUAAAUACUAUAAUCUAGAUACAAUUCAAAAUAAUUAUCAACUUUACGAUUUUUUAAGUUUUUCAUUAGAGAAAAAUUUUUUAAAGCAAUCAAAAAUCAUAUUCCAACAAAUAACAAACAAUAAUAAUAAUAAUAAUAAUAAUAAUAAUAAUAAUAAUAAUAAUAAUAAUAAUAAUAAUAAUAAUAAUAAUAAUAAUAAUAAUAAUAGUAACAGUAAUAGUAAUAAUGAAAAGGUAAAAAGAUUAAAACUAAUGAGUUAUAACCCAGAAGACUUCAGUCAUUAUUUUUAUUCUGCAAUAGAAGGCUCAGUUUCAGAAAAAAAAUUCAAAUUUUUAACAAACGAAUUAAAAAUGGAUCUAAAGUCUUUGGUUUUUAAAAACAAAUCAAACUCUUUCGAAUUUCAUCCCUUUUUAACUUUAAAAGUGCCCGAGUUAGUGUAUGAAUUUCUUGUUAAUGAUUAUCAAAUAAUCUUACCAAAUCGUUUAAAGCUCCAUAUGGAUAGUAUAGUUGGUGCGAAAAUAUAUGCAUUGUAUUUUUCAAGAAAAAAAAGUUAUUUUAAAAAUAUUUUACAAUUUUUUCAGGACAAUCCAAAUAUCGACAAUCUCGAAUUUCUUAUAGAAGGUCUUACUGAUGUUCUAAACUCUCAAGGUAUUCACCGGUAUGGGUUAACUGGUGUACUAGGAGUGUAUUAUAUUUACCAUCUUAUUCAACAUGAAAGAUAUUUGGAAAUUAGAGAGGCAAUUGAUUCAAUGUUGGAGCUUGAAAGUCCUUCAGUCUCAAAUGGUUUGGAAGUUAAUAUCUACAAUUUUAUUGUAUCUUACUCCAUAGUUCAAUUUUCAACCGAGGCUUUAAAUUUUUAUAAAGAAUCCCCAAAAAAAAUUUUAAAGUCAAACAGUUGUAUUUUCACCUAUAAAUUUUCAAAAAAAGAGAGUGACGAAAAAAAAGGAAGGUUAUAUCUUGAAUAUUUUCAUAAAAACUUGGUUAAACGAUCGUUUUUCCCUUUUUUCAUUACCAUAAAGAUAAUCAAAAAAUAUAUUACCGAAUUUAGUUUAGAAUCAAUUCAAUCAUUAUUUGAAGAAAAUGAAGUUUUUAGAAAAGCUUACCUCGGAGAUCAAAGUAAAAUCAAUAGAUGUCAUUUUAAAAAAAAUAAAUCAACAAAGGAAUUGAAUUAUGAAAAAAUAUAUUUUUAUUUAGAUAAACUUCAAGAAUUUAAAUCAGAAGAAUUCCAAUAUGAAACUCCAUCAGGAUUAGAACCAGAGGAAAUAGUUUAUUUCAUCGACAGGUUUGAGUCACUACCAAAUAAUAUCGACUUCAGUGAUUUUAAAGAAAGAUUCAAAAAUAUUCAGUAUUUAAAAUUUGAAAAAUUACGAAAAAAAUAUAUAAAAAUCAGAACAGUCCCAAUACACAAUGUUUCUUUUAAAGAAAACAAUCCAUAUUAUGCAAAUAGAGCAAAUCUUUUUAUACACCACUUAAUAAAGGCAAUUAAAGAAUUAAGUUUAGAUAGAAUAAAUGAAAUAUUUUCAUUAACAGGACAAAACGAAAUAAUACUUCCAAUUGAACAACAACCAUUUAAUAGCAGUUUAGAAUUAUUGAAGUUUUUAUUUUCAAAUAAUAAUUUAAAUUUAUUCGACCUAGAAUGCACACUGGAUGAAAUUUUUACUCAAAUGUUUUUCAAUAAAGAAAUCUAUUCAGUUUUAGAUUCGAUUCCACAAUCUAUCUUAACCCCGUAUAUUUUAAGUAAAUAUAGAUUCGAUUCAAUUACACUCAAAUUAGAUAUCAACGAUAUUUUAGAUAAAGAGGAAAGUGAGGAUUUAGAAAGUGAAAUAAUAUACGGAGAAUACUACGAACCAAUAAACUUAACUAAUAAUCAAGAUCAUUGUGUUAAUUUAUUAUUAAACUGCCGUUACAACAGUUUGCUAUCAUUCCUUCAAGAGUGCAAGAGUGAUGAAAUCUGUAGUGGUGAGAUGAAGAAUCUAGGUUUUCUUUCAGUUUUUAAUUGUUCAAUCUCAAUGGAAUGGUUCACUCAGUUAUACACACCACUUUUAAAAUUUUUUUUAGAUACCAACUAUAGUAUGGCUCUAGAAAUUUCAAAACAAAGGUUAGAUAUUUUUGAUUUUUUAUGGUCAAAUUAUUCAAUUGUUGAAAAAAAGGAAAUGGAUAAAGAAAUACAGUCGAAAUUUAUUCUUCCUAGUUUCCAUCCAUUAAUAGAAUAUUAUUUAGAAAAUAUAAUGAAAAAAGAAGAGAUAUAUCAAACAAAUGAAGAGAUCCAAAAUCUUUAUCAGGCCGCAUUAUUAACAAGUAAUUUAGUGUUAUUCAAAUUAGUUGGCUCUUUAUUUCCAUUAUGUCCAUUCAAAAUGACAAAAGAAUUUUUCACACAAUUAAUUUUUACAGAGAAGGAAUCGAUUAGUAUUCAGGUGUGGGAAUUUUUGAACGAUAGCAACUAUCUUACAAAUCUAUUAGAAUUUAUUGAAGAAAUUAAAGAAUUAAGCUACAAUAGCUCCUAUUUUAAAUACGAUCGUUUUGCAGUUUUUCAUAUAUCUCCAUCAUUAUUAUAUUUAUUUCAAAAUAAUAUUAAAAAUAAAAGAUAA